AUGGAUAAAAGAAUGACUAAACAGCUGCCAGAGCAAAGGGAUGAUACGAAAAAGAAACGUUGGACCGAGUUUUACUUUCCGUUAGAUUCGCUUCGCUGGCAUAAAGAUACUUCUCUACAUAAAACCAGCCGCCCAUCGACUCCAGCGCUUUAUACUCAAGUGUCGGAGUGUGAGUCGAUUCAUGCUGGGUAUAAUAAGGACACACUGACACCCUGGAAUCCUGGAACCUGGGUUCAUCGAAAGGGUGCUUAUGAAAUCAAGCAAAAAGAGUCAGUCGUCGGACUUCAAGCCGAUCCGAAGUUCAGGUAUUGCGAUGACCGUCCUCCUGUACUUCCCCACUCUUACUUUAGACAGGACAAUUCGUCUGAUGAUGCAAGUAAGCCGGCACCAUUCACCAGCAAUCGGAAUAUUCUCAACCCCAUCAUCUCUGCACUCCGGUUUCGAAGCAACCUCGAUCUAACACGAGAUGGUGGAGAUAUCUCAGAAAGCACUUCUGUCAAUGUCAAAAAUCGCUGUCUUGAUUGGCCUCUGGCAGACUCACUUGGUCUUGCCGUCACUCGAAUUCCUCCUCGAAAUAGCCAUCCACAGCCUAAGGAUAAUUAUCUAACAUCAGCCAAGCUUGCUACUAGGCUUUCUCGGAGGCAAGAUGGAAUCGUGAUUAUAGUCGACGAAAAGGCCAUGGGCUGCGAAAAGCAGGAAUCAUGUGAGAAAGCUAAAAUAUCCCAUGACGGCAAGGAUUACGAAACAGAAAUAGGAGAGGAUGAGGAAGAAGAAAAUAUGAAUACUAACAGGAACCUCAAAUCAAAGGAAAAAGAAAAACAUGAGACUUUAAAAGAGGGUAAGACCUGGCGAUACGCAAGAGAGGGUUCGGAACUUGCGACAGAAAAGGUAGUCUCUCAAAAUGCAGGAAAAUUCUUUUCUAGCAUCGCUUUUAAUGAUCCAUCGGCUGUCAGAAGUAACCCCACCCUCCGAGAUCAAUGCUGGAAACAUCGCGGAUCUACAACCAAUAUAUUAAAGCGGUUCGCAAGUUCAGCCUUGACGGCAAGCAGCGAGGCUAAGCUACGAGUUCCGACCAACUUGAUGAAGGAAACUUUGACUCACACGACACCGACAAUGAUGUGUGGCCUCGAGAUCGCCAGGGAAAGGGCACUCGACGGGGAGAUUUGGGAUAGAUGUGACAAAGAUCUUUUGAAAUUCUCCACUCUACCGAGCAGACCGCUCAUGGUCAACGCAAACAGGCGUCUCUCUGACCGCUACUCGGUUACAACAUCUCGACAGAGUCAAGCAAGUUUAGGAUGA